UUAACCCACUGAGCCACCCAGGCGCCCCCUGUUAUUGUCUCUUACGGGGUUUAUUUCUCCAUGACUUAGCCAACAUAUGACAUUCGGUGACAUUAUCGAAGAGGAAUUACCGCUGUUUAAAGACUGCUCUCUGUCUCCGUUUCCGUUCAGAGUCUCCCCAGGAUCUGAGGACACUGGAUGGGUUGGGGGAGAUAUUUAUGAUUCUGAUUCCUCCUAUGGGAUUAUAUCAAGAAACAGGGCGGGGGGAGAUGUGAAAUAUAACAUCAUUCUUACUGAAAAAUGCUCGAAGCUUCUGUGAGAGUUUGAGAGAGAAAAGCAGAGAGGAUCUUAGCCUGAAACAGAUGGGUCCAUCAGUCCACUGGUGAAACGUCUGAGUUCCUAGUUGUUGGGCAUUCCCUUGUCCUGUUUCCUGCCACCUGCCUCCCCUCUGCACCUUGAUUUACCCUCCGUGGAAGGCUGAAACGUAGGUCACGUCUACAGAUGGUUUGCACGCGGGGAGAUUUGCUACACUUACCACAACAGUGAGGGCAACGUUUGCUGAGAGCUUACUUUGAUUCUAAGCACUAUUUUAAGUGUAUCAGGUGCUUUGACCAGUGCUCACAGUGCCUGUGGAAUCCGUUCUGUUCUGUUUGGGUCCAUUUUUAUAGACAAGAACACUGUGGCUCCGAGGAGGGGCAGUGGCCUGUCUAGCUCACACAGCUUGUAAGUGGAAGAACUGGGAUCUGCCCCGGGCAGUUUAGCCCCAGAACCACAAAUCCCUAAGCAUCGUGCAACGCUCUCUCUCCACCCAUCCCCGAUGUGGUGUGUUUUUUCACUCAUCUGAAUCUGCCACUGUCAGUAAAAUUUUUCUAGUAUAAAAAAGAUGAUCCUACACAAUUUUUGUCAGAGUUGUCUCAGGGUACUUUCAAGGUUUUUUUUGUUUUUGGUCCUUUUUUUUUUUUUUUUUGGUUGUCUGUAUGGUAGAAUUCUUAACUUAUACAUUCUGAUGAUUACUUCUGAACUUGAAACUUGCCAUUUUUCACAACUAUGAGUAAACCCAUGUGUGACUUCAAAAGCACAUUAGCUCUGCCCACCUCGAAAAGAGAGUGAGACGCUCGUGCAGUUGUUCUGCUCCCAACUGUCACGCUGUCUCCAGAGCGCAGAGUGGGAUGUGGGCAGAAGUGUCUGGAGAGGAGGCAGUGCUGGCUGUUGGACUCUAACGGGAAGGAGCCCUGUGUGUCCCGCUAGGGAAUUUGGUUUCAAACCUUCCAGCACAAGGUGUUAGGCGAGAAGGCGAGAUCUCUGAGUGUGUUUUUAUCGGCAUGGUUCUUGCGUCAUUCUGCGGGGUGAUUUGUGCUCGGGAAGGCUGGUGGGGGGGAGCAGUUGGGGUGUCACUGAACUACGGCAGGUGACAGCUAGUCGACGUCUGACCUAAGACAAUAACAGGAAAAAUAGAAAUGGUGAGAGUGUGCUGAUGUGAGAAACAGGCUCGGGGAAAAUCAACCGGCUGGGUUCAGAUGCUGCGGGAGAGAAAAACAGAGGACUUGAAGUUGUCACCACAAAGACUGACGUCAAGUGAAACAGGUAGUAUGGGAGGGGGCAGGUGGAAAGAGUGUGGCAGGGAACUAAAUCUGGUGUUGCCUUGGCGGAGAUGGAGAGCCAGAAUGGUAGGUGCAGAAAUGCCCAGCAUGAUGGAAAGGCUAAUGAGAUCUGAACAGUGGCGUUCUCCGGUGAAAUGGAAAAGCGGGUUUUAUGAGCGGUUGGGGGUUCGUUUGGGAGUGUGUUUAGGACUGCAGCCAAGCAUCUGGGAGUCACGGGCACAUAAGUAAUACUCAAAGCCAGAGAAAAGGGUGAGGGCUGUCCAGAUAGGGUUCCCAUCUUUAGUAAAAGACAAAUAGGACAAUCAGUUAAAUGUGAACAUCAGAAAAACGAUAAAUAACUUUUUAGUGUAUCCCAUAUAACGUUUAGGAUAUACUUAUCCUAAAAAUGAUUUAUUAUUAUUUUUUAUCCUAAAAAGGAUUCACAUUUCUUUAUGUGAAAUUCAAAUUUGGGCACCAUGUAUUACACAUGACAACUGUAUCACAGGCUGCAAACGAAGGCCUGCGGGGACUGAUGGCCAUUGCCCGGCCAGGGGGCCAGGGGGCCAGGGGGCCAGUGAUGCACAGGGAGCGUGGGCGGGCCAGCGGGAGACCUGCGGCAGCCCGGGGGACUGGGUUCGGCUGACCUCUGGGGUGUCCAGUAUUCUAAUGCUUCAAAACAUACUAAAAUACAUAUAUAUAUAUAUGUAUUUUAGUGCAGACUAUCCCAAUUUUAAAAGGGACCACAGUGAAGAGAAAAAACAUAGUGAGGUCUAUGGGUUCCACAAGGCAUUUCAGCCACUGGUUUGCAGCCUCUGAUCCAAUCCCCAGAGAGGGGGUGGGGCAGAUUUUACCCCACACGUUAUAGUGCUUUGCUGUGUGAGGGUAAAUAGUACUAAGGUGUGGGGAAAGGAUGCAGCAAGGGGUCGAUUCCCUGAGCAAAAGGUAAGAUGUGGGCAGGUCUCUGCUGUCUUCCACCCCACAGUCUCGCCCCCUGGGACCUGGACACCCCCCUCCCGGCCUCUGGCAGGUGGACAGAGCCCACCGGCCUGCGCCCAUGCUACCAGCCCUCGCGGGGCCUGAGAAAGACCAGGCUCUCCUGUGGCAGGCGGCGGGGACUCUGCGUGGGGCCCUGCAGGCCUCACCAGAGAACUGUGGGCGGAAACUUCCCGAGGUUUGCUCUGCCUCUGGUUGAGGCUUCUCAGCUUCAGAUGCAAAGUCAGUGGGUGUCUCUGAGAAAGACAGAGGAGGAAAGAGAGCGACAGAGAGGUGUUCCCUGGGGUUCUGGAAACUAUAAAGAGCGAGCCGGCUCUCCUGCUCUCCAGCAGACAGACAGCCGUGCCGGCCCGGCCUGGACACCUGCGCUGGGGGCCAGCCCGACCCACUGCCAUGCAGCAGCCCCUGAAUUACCCCCUGUACCCCCACAUCUACUGGGUGGACGGCAGCGCCAGCUCCCCCUGGGCGCCUCCGGGCUCCGUCCUCCCGUGUCCGUCCUCUGUGCCCGGGAGGCCUGGGCCGAGGAGGCCGCCGCCACCACCGCCUCCGCCGCCACCAUCACCGCCCCUGCCUCCGGUGCCCCUGCCGCCUCUGAAGACGCCGAGGGACCACAACACAGGCCUGUGUCUCCUUGUGAUGUUUUUCAUGGUGCUGGUGGCCCUGGUUGGCCUGGGGCUGGGGCUGUUUCAGCUCUUCCACCUGCAGAAGGAGCUGGCGGAGCUCAGAGAGUCCACCAGCAAAAGUCAUACAGCAUCGUCUUUGGAGAAGCAAAUAGGUCAACCCAAUCUGCCCUCUGAAAAAAGGGAGCUGAGAAAAGUGGCCCAUCUAACAGGCAAGCCCAACUCAAGAUCCAUCCCUCUGGAAUGGGAAGACACAUAUGGAAUUGCCCUUGUCUCUGGGGUGAAGUAUAAGAAGGGUGGCCUUGUGAUCAAUGAUACUGGGCUCUACUUUGUGUAUUCCAAAGUGUACUUCAGGGGUCAGUCCUGCAACAACCGGCCCCUGAAUCACAAGGUCUAUUUGAGGAACUCUAAGUAUCCCCAGGAUCUAGUGCUGAUGGAGGGGAAGUUAAUGAACUACUGCACUACUGGCCAGAUGUGGGCCCGCAGCAGCUACCUGGGGGCAGUAUUCAAUCUCACCAGUACUGACCAUUUAUAUGUCAAUGUGUCUGAACUAUCUCUGGUCAGUUUUGAGGAAUCUAAGACCUUUUUUGGCUUAUAUAAGCUCUAAGAAAAGCACUUUGGGAUUCUCUCCACAUGGUUCCUUGUUACAGGCCCUGAAAAUAUGGUCUUGAAUGACAGUCUUCUUAAGCCCACUUGAGAUCAAGUGAGAAGACAUGAGCCAAGAGUAUCUAGAGACCACAGGGUCCAGCAGAUCUACCGUUCCUCAUCUCAUGAGCCAGACGGGAGGGGGAAUACGACUGAAGAACAUGAGACUUGGGGCUGCCGUGUGAAAUGCAGAGGCAGGAAGAAGCAGCCACCAGGGUGUUCUACACUCAUUUUAAGUGUCCACAAGCAUUUUAACACAUUGAAAAGGACACCUGUUAACUCACCUCUUGGAGUGGGUCUACUAUCUACCUCGGGGUGGCUGUCUUUCAGAUAUGGAUGUGACAUGAGUGUACAAGGGACGGAAAAAGAGGACUAGGCUUGUGUGAUAAGCUAAAGAGACCGAAAGGCCAGUGUCCCUUUGGAAGCAUGUUAACUUCUGAAGGCAGAGCUUGAGCCACCAGGUGACGCUAACAGAGAAGCAAGGGGGAUCUUUGGGGAAGUUGCUCCAUUCCUCACGCAGCAUGUAUAUUUCCAGUGCAAUUUUAGGUGUGUGUGUGUGUGUGUGUGUGUGUGUGUGUGUGUGUGUGUACUCACAUGUAGGUGACUAGAAGAGUUACAUAAGAAGAGACAAUGUGGAACUUGUGAAGGAUAUGUUAGGAAAACAUGGGUUGCAUUUAAUGGUAGAUUUUGAAUACCUCUUGGCAACCAACUCAGUUGUCCUUAAAAUAGUCCUCAAGACUCUUUGAUUGUCACCUGUUGAUGCUGUUCUCCUAUAAUAUAACCAGUAUUUAUACCUUUUGUGUAUUUUAAUAAAAAGAAUACGUGUAAUAAAAAUUAUAUUUUAGAAUACAGGCCAACAUUAUGAAUAUACUUAUUGGAAAUCACUAAAAUUUGUUUUUUUCCCCCUUAUAAUUUCUUUCCUCCACGGCUUCUUCACUCCUUUUGCCUUGAGCCCAUGUUAAGAAGGACUCACUGGAAUGAGCACCGUGAAGCAAAUCCAUCAUUGCCAGACACCCCUCUCCCCAGUCUGUUUCCAUUAUCCAGAGUUUUUUAUUGUCUAUAUUAUUGCCAAUGUUAAGCUCACCUAACUUUCAACAGAUUUGAUGACAACUUCCCCCAGGCUUUCCCGGGAGAAGAGCCAUAGCAUUGUGGAAAGGGUACAUACAGACUUUGGGCUGAAAAACAUGAACUUGAAUCUUUGUUCGUCUACUUUCUAAAUGCAAUCAUGGGGUGAGUCCCUUGACUUCUCUUGGACAAAAAUGACUGAUAUGUAUAUUAAGUAUCUGGUCAUGGCAUCUAUCAGUUUAAUCAUCCACUCGGUGAGAGGUACUUCUAGCUCCAGAAAAAGCCACUGACCGGAGGCCUCCGUCCAAGCACCCAGUUUCUCAGGUUCUACCGUUCCUUCUGUCACAAUGUCCUUUUCCUAAUUUUUUCAACCACUCUCUAACACCCCCUCCCCCUAGACUUUGUCUUUGUUAAAAAUUAUGGUAUUUCCUUUACAAUUUGAUUUUCAGACAUCUUAUUUUCCUAUCAUCUCCUAUAAUUCCAGCUUAAUUGCUCCAACAUUUUGUCUCCAAAAAUGUGUCUAUUUUUACCACAUGAGACUUCUGAUAAACUUGAUCAUUUCCUUACAUAUCCAUCAGCGCCUUCUUUAUCUUCAUUCCUCUCUCUGACAAGCUUUGCAUUGUCACUACCCUCUGUCCUUAUAAUCAGUAUCUUGGAAAAUUUCUCAGUUCCAAAAUAUUCUGCAUCCUUCCCUGUAUUCCCCUUGCAAAAAUCCCAUUUCCUUUGAGCUGGCAUCCUACAAGCUGGAUUUUAAAAGGCCUAAAAAGACAUAGGAUGACAGUAAGUCCUGUUUUCAAUCUGUCCCAUGACCCUAUUCCUGUCCACAGAGACUAUCACAGUCUCCUUAUGUAGCUUUCCAGAGAUGGUCUGUGUGUAUGACAUCAGUGUACAUCUGGGUGUCCCAGCCUUGGUUCCAUUGACAUUCUGAGCUGGAUAACUCUUUGUUGCGGGGUCUGUCCUAUGCACUGUUGUAUGCUUAGCAGUAUCUCUGCCUUCUAUCCCCUAGAUGCUAGCAGCACUGUCCCCUCCUCCGUGUGUGAUAACCAAGAAUAUCUCUAGGCAUUGACAGAUGUGCCCAGGCUGGGGACGGGGAGACAAAAACCAGCCCUACUGGAGAAACACUGCUUUACAUUAGUGAUCACAGAUCUCACAUGGGCAUUCAACACUGCCUACCACUUUUUCCUCAGUUCCCUGCCAACCAGAUUUUUCCACUGUUUGAGACAGUUAUGUCAUACCUUUUCCUUUUGCAAACCCACCAUAUCCCCUCCUCCCACUAUGGAACCUCACUUAACACUAUCAAAACACAAAUCUACCCACAUCUGCACAAUCUCUUUCUUUUAUCCUUACAGCGGAAGAGGAGGAUCAUCUCUUCAUUUGUGCAUUAGAUCCAUUUCUAAUCCCUACGUGCCCUCAUUAAAAUGGUCUCUUCCGGGGGUAC